AUGGGCAUUGGAACUGAAGGUACACUUACCUUGCAGGGCAGUGACGGGAUGGGCAUUGGAACUGUAGGUACACUUACCUCGCAGGGCAGUGACGGGAUGGGCAUUGGAACUGUAUGUACACUUACCUCGCAGGGCAGUGACAUGAUGGGCAUUGGAACUGAAGGUACACUUACCUUGCAGGGCAGUGACGGGAUGGGCAUUGGAACUGUAGGUACACUUACCUCGCAGGGCAGUGACGGGAUGGGCAUUGGAACUGUAGGUACACUUACCUCGCAGGGCAGUGACGGGAUGGGCAUCGGAACUGAAGGUACACUUACCUCGCAGGGCAGUGACGGGAUGGGCAUUGGAACUGUAGGUACACUUACCUCGCAGGGCAGUGACGGGAUGGGCAUUGGAACUCCUUUAGUUCAGCCCAGACAUCUUGGCUCAUCUCCAUGUUUUAUGUUUUACGCGACCUAG